AUGGAGACGCCCAAGCUGGCCGUUUUGCUCGCCCUAGCCAUGGCGGCCGCCAUGGUUAACCUUUCCCAAGCCCAGAACUCGCCUCAGGACUACCUCUCGCCUCACAACAGGAUCAACGACUGCAAGCUCCAGCACUCGGGCGGGCCCUACGGGGAGAACAUCUUCUGGGGGUCGGCCGGCGCGGACUGGAAGGCGGCGGACGCGGUGAAGCUGUGGGUGGACGAGAAGAAGGACUACGACUACGGGUCCAACACCUGCGCGGGCGGGAAGGUGUGUGGGCACUACACGCAGGUGGUGUGGCGCGCGUCGACCAGCAUCGGCUGCGCUCGCGUCGUCUGCAACAACAACCGCGGCGUCUUCAUCACCUGCAACUACGAGCCCGCCGGGAAUGUCAUUGGACAGAAACCAUACUAA